GCGCCGUAGAAACGGACGGAGGUGAGGCGGCGGGGCUGUCGAUCGGUUCUCGCCGCGGUCUCCGCCGGGCUCGACGUGACGAGCCCGUGCGCGGAUCGGUCUACGUGGCAUGCAGCGGUUGCAGUACCAUGUAGGGGGGCUCCGUGUCGCUCGUCAAAGCGCGGGGCAUUGUGGGGCGGAGGCGGCCUUUCACUGCGUUCAGCCGAUCGGGAAAUCUUGAAGUGAAUAACGCUAACGGGGGGAGGAACGGCGCGAGGACACCCUGCGAAACCCCGACACGGCGACACGGUGCCGCGCUGAUUGUUAAUAAUUAGGGAAGGAAAGAACGCGCAAUAUCGGGCAACUAUGGGGCAGGAGGAUCUCAUGAGCACAGCCGAGGACGUGGCAGACCAGUUCCUGCGGGUAACCAAACAGUACUUGCCCCACCUGGCGCGCCUGUGCCUCAUCAGCACCUUCCUGGAAGACGGCAUCCGCAUGUGGUUCCAGUGGAACGAGCAGAGAGACUACAUCGAGGCUACUUGGAGCUGUGGCUACUUCCUGGCUACGUGCUUUGUUCUACUCAACCUCAUAGGACAGCUGGGUGGUUGUGUCCUUGUCCUCAGUAGAAAUUUUGUACAGUACGCCUGCUUUGGCUUAUUUGGCAUCAUAGCGCUACAGACAGUUGCAUACAGCAUUUUAUGGGAUCUUAAAUUUUUGAUGAGAAACCUGGCCCUCGGAGGCGGUCUGCUCCUGCUGCUGGCCGAGUCCCGUUCGGAAGGGAAGAGCAUGUUCGCCGGCGUCCCGUCCAUGGGGGAGAGUUCGCCAAAGCAGUACAUGCAGCUGGGAGGUCGAGUGCUGCUGGUGCUCAUGUUCAUGACUCUGCUUCACUUCGACUCCAGCUUCUUCUCCAUCCUACAGAACAUGGUGGGAACUGCCCUCAUCAUUCUGGUGGCCAUUGGCUUCAAGACCAAGCUGGCGGCUUUGACCCUCGUCGUGUGGCUCCUGGCGAUCAACGUUUACUUCAACGCCUUCUGGACCAUCCCCGCCUACAAGCCGAUGCACGACUUCCUCAAGUACGACUUCUUCCAGACCACCUCGGUCAUCGGCGGCCUGCUUUUGGUGGUGGCACUCGGGCCCGGUGGAGUGUCCAUGGAUGAGAAAAAGAAAGAGUGGUAGGCGGCGGGGGGUCAGAGAAGCACAGCACCACUAACAUCGCCCACAGCCAGGACACAGGGACCCUCCUUCCUCCAGUUCCUCACCAGGGUACAUAGUCUUUUCCUUAGUUUAUUAUUAUUUUUCAUUUGGCCAAACCCACAGACACUGUCUCACCCACAGACGGGCUUUGUUUUGUAGUUUCACUCAAAUGCUGUUUUUGUUUUUAAGUUAAACAAGUUUAUGCCAUAUUUUUCUUUCCAUAACUUCCUAGUAUGUUUAUUUUAAUGACAGCAAAAAUAAAAACAGCCUGAUCUACUUCAGAACGCUAAGAAAAAAAAGAUUCAUUUGUUUGUAUUGGCUGCCAGGCCAAACAUUAUCAUAGACCCCCACCCCCCCUCCCCCUUGGAUGCUGAGCGUCUUUUGCUACUGGAUCCUUGGAGAUGGAUCAUGAAGCUCUGGGCACUGAUCUGACAGCAGCAAACACGGACUCUCAAGAUUUCAUCGGUUUCUCUCGAUACCACAGCCCCCGCUCUGUUCCCGCCUCCACCUGGUCAUUCUCAACGUGACAUUCUUGAUCACGGGGAGCCUUAUCUGGGAGGGGGCGCGUGUUCAUUGGUGUAUCAAGUGGUGGAUUGCAGUUGUGCUUGAGUGAGUGUUGCGAGACAGUCAUUAGUUCCGGGACUCGUCGUUGGGCACUUUGUACUGUACGUCUUUGGCAAAUGCCUAAGUAGUCAGCUGUAAUUGAUGGGAUCGUAGUGGGAGGCCCAGCGUUUGUGAAGCAACAUAUUCUGCAAUCUCUAUAAAAGCAAAGAGGACUAAGCACAGUCAUAAGCCUCCAGGACUUUGUCUCUGCUCAGUGUUCUUUGCCUGUAAUAAAAUAAAAUAAAAAAUAUUCAGUGUAUUAAUUUUCAGAAGUUUAUAUUGUAUUUUUGAUCAUUUGUUGUUUUGAUUUUUGGAAGCUCAUUGCGAAGAAAUAAAAUUUCAAAACUUCAAAAAGUU